AUGGCACUCACACCCCUACAGCGGCCUGGGGGCCUGAGACGGCGGCGGCCCCGACCCAGGCCUCGACCCCCGAGACCGCGAGCUCGGAAGCGGCCUGCCGGGUCGGGCAGCCGCGGAGAAGAAGAGGAGGAAGAGGAAGAGGGGCCCGCAGACGACGGGGAAGCCGAGGAGGAGCCCGAGGAGGAGGAAGAAGAGGAGGAAGACUUGAUCGAUGGCUUUGCCAUCGCUAGCUUUGCCAGUCUUGAGGCCUUGCAGAAGGAUGCAUCUCUUCAGCCCCCAGAGCGACUGGAACAUCGGCUGAAGCAUUCUGGGAAACGGAAGAGGGGGGGCUCCAGUGGGGCCACUGGGGAGCCAGGGGACAGCUCAGAACGUGAGCCUGGCCGGCCCCCUGGGGAUAGGCCCCGCAAAUGGCCCAAUAAGCGAAGACGGAAAGAGGCCUUCUCCCGUCACUCUGUGGAAGCUGGAUAUAUAUGUGACGCAGAAAGUGAUCUGGAUGAGAGGGUCUCCGAUGAUGACCUCGACCCUUCCUUUACUGUCUCGACCAGCAAAGCCUCGGGUCCUCAUGGCACCUUCAAUGGGAACUGUGAAGCAAAACUGUCUGUGGUCCCUAAAGUGUCGGGCCUGGAGCGGAGCCAAGAGCAGCCCCCAGGGCCCGACCCGCUGCUAGUGCCUUUCCCCCCAAAGGAACCACCACCUCCACCGGCCCCUCGGCCUCCUGUCUCAUCCCCUACACCCUUACCAGCUACCCCCAGUCUGCCACCCCCACCCCAGCCCCAGCUGCAGCUUCGGGUCUCACCCUUCGGCCUCCGGACUUCUCCCUAUGGCAGCAGCCUGGACCUCAGCACUGGCAGCUCUUCACGGCCGCCCCCCAAGGCCCCGGCCCCUCCCGUGGCUCAGCCUCCCCCCUCAUCAUCCUCUUCGUCCUCCUCCUCCUCAUCUGCCUCCUCCUCGUCCGCGCAGCUCACCCACCGGCCCCCGACGCCCUCACUGCCCCUGCCUCUAUCCACCCACAGCUUUCCUCCCCAUGGGUUGCGCCCACCACCACCACCCCACCACCCCUCCUUGGUCUCCCCUGGCCCCACCCUGCCCCCACCCCCACCUCUGCUGCAGGUGCCAGGGCACCCUGGGGCCUCAGCCGCUAACGCCCUUUCUGAGCAGGACCUGAUCGGCCAGGACCUGAACUCUCGCUACCUGAAUGCCCAGGGUGGCCCUGAGGUGGUGGGGGCAGGGGGCUCGGCCCGGCCCCUGGCCUUCCAGUUCCACCAGCACAACCACCAGCACCAGCACACCCACCAGCACACCCACCAGCACUUCACCCCUUACCCCCCGGGCCUGCUGCCUCCCCACGGCCAUAUGUUUGAGAAAUACCCAGGAAAGAUGGAAGGCCUUUUCCGACAUAAUCCGUACAUGGCCUUCCCUCCCGCUGUGCCCGGGCUCCCUCCCGGUCUCCCGCCAGCUGUCUCCUUUGGCUCCCUGCAGGGGGCGUUCCAGCCCAAGAACACGAACCCUGAGCUGCCACCACGACUGGGGCCAGUGCUGAGCGGGCUCCCCCAGAAGGGAACACAGAUCCCUGAUCAUUUCCGGCCACCUUUGAGGAAACCAGGAAAGUGGUGUGCCAUGCACGUGCGUGUGGCUUACAUGAUCCUGAGACACCAGGAAAAGAUGAAGGGUGACUCCCACAAGCUUGACUUUCGGAACGACCUCUUGCCCUGCCUUCCGGGGCCCUAUGGGGCCCUGCCCCCUGGGCAGGAGCUCUCCCACCCGGCCUCCCUCUUCACUGCGACUGGAGCCGUCCAUGCUGCAGCCAAUCCUUUCACAACAGCUCCCGGGGCCCAUGGACCCUUCCUGAGCCCCAGCACCCACAUUGAUCCCUUUGGGCGUCCCACAAGCUUUGCCUCAUUGGCUGCCCUUUCCAACGGGGCCUUUGGAGGCCUGGGCAGCCCCACAUUCAACUCCAGCGCCGUCUUUGCCCAGAAAGAAAGCCCAGGAGCCCCACCAGCCUUUGCCUCCCCACCAGACCCAUGGGGCCGCCUGCACCGCAGUCCUCUUGCCUUUCCUGCUUGGGUCCGACCCCCUGAAACUGCACGGACACCAGGCUCAGACAAGGAGCGACCUGUGGAGCGAAGAGAGCCCUCUGUCACCAAGGAGGAGAAAGACAGGGACCUCCCUUUCUCACGGCCCCAGCUGCGAGUUUCUCCUGCUACUCCUAAGGCCAGGGCUGGCGAGGAAGGAGCCCGUCCAGCCAAGGAGUCUGUGCGGGUAAAGGAAGAGCGGAAAGAAGAGGCUGCUGCCGCCGCCGCUGCUGCUGCCGCUGCUGCAGCUGCUGCUGCUGCUGCUGCCGCCGCCGCUGCUGCAACCACUGGGCCUCAGGGCCUUCACUUGCUUUUGGAGAGGCCCCGGCCACCCCCUUUUCUUGGCCCUAGUCUGCCAGAGCGCUGUGCAGGCUUCUCAGAGCCAGCCUGGUUGGCAGGGCCCCCACGCCUGACCAGGCCACCACGCUUCUAUGAGGCAGGUGAGGAGUUGACUGGACCAGGGGCCAUGGCCGCUGCCCGCCUCUAUAGUCUAGACCCUGCUCAUCCCCUGCUCUACAGCCGUUUGGCUCCUCCACCACCACCUACUGCAACUCCAGGAACCCCUCACCUUCUCAGCAAGACCCCACCAGGAGCCCUUUUGGGAGCACCACCACCUCUUGUGCCCGCUCCCCGGCCCAGUUCCCCACCUAGGGCCCCUGGCCCAGCCCGGGCUGACAGGUGAGGAGAGGUGAGGGGCAGGGGCAAAGCUCCACCCCCUUUCCCCAUUCCUUGUGACAAAGUCCUAGGGCUGAAGUUUUUAAGCCAGGGUUGGUAGGCAAAGGUCACAAUCUCAUGGCCAUCUCUGAAGUCAUGGACCUGGGAAUAGAAUCCCCAACCCACACACACACACAAGGUCAAGUAUCUCGUGGACUCUGGGGUCACUGGGAGGACAGAGGUCAUAAGCCUCUAGAAAGAAGUGUGUGUGUGAGUGUGAAUGUGUGAGUGCGCACACGCGUGCACAUGAGGGGGAUAUUUCAGAGGUUAUGGCUCAUGACCUUAGGUGCACCAUGCCCCCUCUAAGGGCCUCUAGGCCCUUGGCCUGCCUCCCCAAGGGCUCACUAAGCCAGAGGCCAAAGUGCCCCCCUCCCCCUCACCUAACACCCAAGUUCUCAUGCCCUCUUAGGGCUGAAGAAAGAGGAACUAAAGGAAAAGGGGUUCCAUGUACAUAUUUAUCACCCCUUCCACAAAUCUCCCCAGACCUUUUGUACAUUUUUACAGGGGUGCCCCUCCCAACAAUCCCCUUCCUGGUUAAUUAAAUCCUCAGACUGGUGCUGUGUUCCUAGCCUCUGGCCUCUCUGUAGGGGGAGGGUGUCCCAGGGGAAGAGCCUGGAGGGGACAGGCAGGAACCCAGGGCUUGACCCUGGGUGUGUGGGGUUCAUCAGGAGGUAGACCAACAGGGAAAGGGACCUAGAAUCUAGGCUGGAGGGAAGGGCAAACACUAUUUAGCUGUCAGCCCAGGUUCCCCCAGACUUGUUCUAUUAAUUCUAUGUGGCCCACUACUCUAAAAGUCUCAGCCUUCGAGCCUCAGACUCCUCUUAAUGGUUAAGUUCCCACCACUACCCUAUUUCCAAGUGCCCUCAGGACUCCUGGGCCCUGUUCCACAGAACCCUGUCCCAAACUAAGGGAGAGGUGGCCAGAGAAGGUCACCAUGAAACACACACCAAAGAAGGGGGUUGGUUCAGGGGUGGGCAACACAGGCAGCUUCUUCAGCAGCCUCCCAGCAGCAGCCCCAGCCUUCCCAAAGCAGCAGCACCUCCAGGCUGGGGCCUAACUAGAAGGCAGGGCUCAGUUUAACAAGACCGGAACUUUGACUUUUUCCCCAGUGGGGCUUAUUCUGUAACAUGACUUGCGAAUAUUUAUAUAAAAAUGAGUGUUACAAUGAGA